AUGAACCAAACCUUCAGCUCUGAGGGAAACAUGAUGCCAUGGUCGCCAUCUAUUCUUCCAAUCUACUCAUUUGGAACGGCCAUGACCUCGACACUUUCCAGCUUGACCCGCAUCAUGACAGGUUUUUUCAAGCUUACUCUUAAGACGUGUGUCCCAGUCUUUGCUGACUUGAUCUUCCUCUUGCUCUGGACACUUGCAAGUUUCAUCUGCGUCAUGAUGAAUCUUGCCAACCUUACCCUCCAGCGAAGCAUUGAAACGACCAAGCCCGUGGUCCGAGUCUUUACUGAUUUGAUCUCUGCACUUUCAAGCUGGGUUUGCAUGUGGAUCUCGGCUCUUUCUAUUGUGAGCUGCACCAUGACUAGUCUUGUCAAGCUUGCAGUCCAGGGAAUGCUUGAACAGUAUCCUGGCAAAGUCAAGUACUAUUGGGUUGUGGUACUGCCGAAUUUCUGCCUCAAGGUCGGGUGUGAUUACCUUGGCCAAGGUCCUCAAAGAACCAACCCACCAUCGUCUGGUAAAACAAUUAUUGGAUCUUACAAGCGCAAGAUGGCAAAGAAGCGAUAUGACCAGAAGUUCAAGGAGAUGAGAGAGCGAACUGAACGCUCGUUCCGUCUCGAGGCACAAAUACCUGGGACUCGAAUUAAUUUGUUUCAAACCGAAUGGGAAUGGGCUGUCAUUCGACGAAGCAACGAUGAGACAACCUUGCUCAGCCAAGAAUAG